AUGUCACCGACUCUGCAUCAUGAAUGCACUCGCGUACCUGUGACCGCAUUGGCCUCGUGCGCCUCCCUGUACAUUGCCGCAGAAGGCCCAUUUCUACGCUUCUAUCAUGCCAAGGACUCACGAUGCAUUGCUUCGCAACGCGUCUUCAAGGCGCAAGCAGUGCACGGUAUACGCAUCUAUUCGGAAGAGCAUGCGCGUGCCAUUAAGCUUAUCGCCUGGGGAGGGCGACUAGUCCGUGCCUUUGAGAUCCAUUCGGCGGCCGAUGAUCAUGAUCGCUUGACUUUUUUUUCAUCAAACGUUGCUAAAGCGCCAGACUGGAUUUUUGACCUUGCACCUAGACCAGCAGGUUUGUCUGAUGACUCUCCGUAUCAAAAAGGAAUUUGUGUUGCUGUGACCGCUCAUAAUGCUCUGCUGCGAGUGACGGUCCAAAUAACCACAGACACAGCGUCGCCAAAUGGAGCUAUCUCAGUCAACAUUUCGGACUUGACAUCGAGUUCUCGAUCUAUCCUUUACUCUGCGCACCUGUCCUGGGAAAAUCUGAAUCGGGUCCUUGUCGCUGCUGGCACGGCAUUUGGCGAGAUCAUCUACUGGUCAUGGUCUGAUGACACUGUUGAUGGCCAGGCAUCUCUUGUUCACCGCGUGUUUCUUGGUCACGAAGGGUCGAUCUUUGGUGUCCGUAUCUCGGAGGAGCUCCCAACCGAGUGCUGCCAGAAAUUGAGGCGAGUGGUCGCAAGUUGCAGCGAUGAUCGAACGAUUCGAGUGUGGGAUGUAUCAGACGUUAACACGAAUGCUAUCGGACCAAAAGCUGAAGAUAAUGGAGCCGAAGUACCAAGGACGCGUCAUACCGGCUUCAGCAAUGAGGCUUUUGACGCCCACGAGUUUGGCAGUUCAGAUUGUCUAGCCAUCGGUUGGGGGCAUCUUUCUCGUGUCUGGACAAUACGCUUUCUCGAAACGUCACCCUGUAGUGGGUCGCUUUUACUUCAAUCAGCUGGAGAAGACGCCACAGCAAGGACUUGGGAGCUUUCGCCAAACUCUGCAGAUAAAUCCAACUUUCCAUACAAAUUACUAGAGCUGGACUGUGCCGCACACCACAGCGGCAAGAACAUGUGGUCUUCUAUCAUCGCUCAUAAUCCUACCGGGUCGCAGCAAGUGAUAGCUGGAGGGGCAGACAGCAAGAUCACGUCCACACCGCUGCCUCGAGUUUUACAGGUUGCAAACAAUAUACCCUGGGGUGUCGCCGAAUACACAGUGAACGAUGUACUAUCAUGGACGCAGUCUACUGUUUUUGGUGGCGCGGAUGCCCUAUCAACCGGUGUUCAAAAAUCCUCGAAAAAGGCAGAAUUUUUCAGAAGCUAUUGCUUUGUAGAUGAGACUACUUUCCUACUUACAACCAAUUCUGGCAAAGUCUUGGUCGCAUCUCUAUCCUCUGAUUCGGAUCGGAACGACACAAGCCUUCUGACAAGCUCUACCCUCCUUGGACAGCCAGAAGACCUUGCCGGCUAUUCCGUUUGUGCAAGUAGCUCUCAACCCGGCAUUGCAUUCAUCGCAGGCGCCAACGGCAGCAUUUAUGUCUACCGUAAAAAUGCCGCGACAUUGACCAAAUUGUAUGCAAUGGGUAGUAAGGUCGGCGAAAUAUUCGCCGCGAAUGUGCUGGAAUCUUCCUACCGGAAUGCAACAGUGUUACUCGUGACGCUUGUUGGGCAGGGCAAAGCGCAGUUGUUAUACGUGGAUCCUACGCACGAUACGGAGAUAUCAAAAAACGUACAAGUACCUAUAUCAGAUCAUUUGACGGGAGCUGUUGUCACAAGUAUGGCCCAUCUACGAAUCUCUGAUAGAGAAUUCAUAGCGGUUGGAUUUCGACGUGGUUCCAUCGCCUUGUACAGCAUAGAUGUGGAUGAAGGCCAAGCCACGUUGGUUAAGGUCAUUGAUAAAGCACAUGGCGGUGAGACAGUCACUUGUUUGGAAUGGGUCAGUUAUCCUGCAGAGUCACCCCAGGCCCAAUUGUACUCAGCUGGGCGGGAUGGGCGUCUUACUGUGCAUGAUAUGGAUCUGUCUACAGGAUCCAGCACCUUAGUUCACGACCUUGCCCUGCCAUUUGGUCCUAAUCUAGAGGGCCUAUAUUUUCAGGGGAAUCAUCUACUCGUUCAUGGGUUCUCAAGUAAGAAAUGGUAUCUCUACGAUGUCACCAACGAAGAAGAGGUGAUGAGCAUCGACACAGGGGGUGCACAUAGAAGCUGGACAUAUCGCCCAAAUUUAACACUAGGAGGAACGCUUGUGUGGACUAGAGCCUCUAGUAUGCAUAUCUAUAGCCAGUAUGGUAUGAACCAUACAGUUAUCCGCUCCGGUGGUCAUGGGCGUGAAAUCAAAGCGCUCACCGUGUCGUCCAAGGAAAAUCUAAGGUCUCGCAACCGUCUCAUCGCAACAGGAGCCGAGGACACAGAUAUCAAGCUGUUUCAGUACACCGAUGGAAAUCUAGUUUGCAAAAGGACGCUUCGGAAACACACGACUGGAAUCCAACAUCUCCAGUGGUCGGAGAGUGGCGAUUAUCUGUUCAGUAGCGGCGGCUGUGAAGAGUUCUAUGUGUGGCGUGUCCGGGAUCUACCAUCAUCGUCUCUUGACAUUGGUGUCGUUUGUGAGAGUGUCUAUACUCCAGAAAGCGAGUAUGCGGAUCUAAGAAUCAUGUCUUUCGAUGCGACGACUUGUGGCACUGCCCAUUCAAUUACAAUGGUGUUCUCAGACUCUAGCAUCAAGGCCUAUCGUUACGAUCCUGUAGCUGCCACAAAGUGGGAGCCUCUCGCCAAAGGUCUCUAUUUCACAUCAUGCCUUACACAAUGCAUACAUUUGUCUGCAACCACGAUCUUGACGGCUGGUACAGAUGGUCAUGCCGUGACAUGGCCACUAAUAGAAAAGACACAUAGCUUGCCUGCCGAAUCUCCAGAUGCCAUCUCAAAAUUGACAUGGACUCAUCCUGCAAGGAUACACCAAAACUCCUCGAAGGUCAUGGUGUCUCAAAGCCUGGAUAAUGGCGACAAGCUGGUUGUGUCUGGCGGCGAUGACGGCAGCCUGGCAUUCCUGCUCAUGCGCUCUUCGCCCUCACUUACAGCAUCGCCGACGACAUCAUACGCUUCCCCUCCAAUACUUGUAAAUCGCACACAUGCAUCAGCUGUCACAUCAUGCGCAUUGUAUCGGCGCGGGUCUCACAUAACGCUUCUUACAUCUGGGAAUGACGAGUGGGUUAGGCAAUGGGAAAUCACACUACAAGAUCCAGACGCAAAAGGCGAGGGAAGUAGUCGGCCGGUGACCGAAGACGCCCUGAAGAUCCGGAGGCUAGGCAAGGUCAAGACAAGUGUCGCAGACGUGUCGAGUAUGGCUGUGUUGGACACAGGUGAUGGUACGACAUAUGCCAGGAUUCUGAUAUGCGGUGUUGGAAUGGAGGUCAUACGGGUUGAGUGA